AUGGCCUUCCACCCCAUGGACGCGCUGCAAUGCUUCACGACAAUCGGCGAGAACGUCCCGUCAUGGAUCACACGAGUCACCGAGCUGGCCGCGCACACAGCAAAGAAGCACGCUGAAUUUUCCGCAGAAUACAAGAAACUUGCAGACACCCUACCGCCACGGCGGCGCAAGAACAGUUCCGUCCAUUCGAUCCGGUCUGAGGUGGCAGCAGCAGCAGUCACCCAGUCGAAAAGGGGAGAGGAUGCUACUUCGAUUGCCUCGGAUCAAAUCUCCCGCUUCUCUCGUCAACGGCCCCGGGUCGUUAUUCAGUAUGACAACCACACGCAAAAAGAGCUGGAGCAGACUGUGCGGGACAUUGGUGCUGCGCGAAACAACAUCCGCAAGGGCAAGAUGUCCCAAGUGAUGCGUCGGCCCAACCUCACCAUGGAAAUGUUCAGUAGUCGGUCACGGGACUCACUUCGUAACCCUGCGCUGCCGAUGGACAGCCUGGUCAGGGUGCAGGCACCCCGCGAGACCCCAGCCCAGCAAGAAAGUGCCUUUGACUUUACCGACAAACAACUGGAAACGGCCCAGAGCCUGUGUGAAAGUGCGGCACAUCAGUUCAUUCGAACCGGAGACUGCUCGACGCAACUGGAUACAAUCCUGGAAAAAUUCAAUCUUGUGCUCACCGCGACGAGAAAAGAAGUGGACCGCCUCCACGCCGAGAAACCAGCAGACAUAGACGACGAGAAGGUUGAGUCUGAGACCCUUGCUGCACCGGCUAUCUUCAUGACAGUCGACUGCGGCGAGGAUGGCAAGGCCCCAGAUCCCGAGAUUGCAGCCAUUGAAGUAGAUGACGCGCCGUCCGAGUCGUCGGUUUCGAUUGAUAUAACCGCCUUCCGCUCGAAUCGAUUUCGAGUUUAG